AUGGCACAUGCUCCGGCAUUUUUACGGACGAACACGGCCCCCGUUUUUCCAGUCAACAACAACUACGGACCUAUGUCGGCGUCUACUAUGAGCAGCCUCCGCACAAGCCAGUUGUCCGGCUCAACUGCCAUCAACUCCUCAAACUCUUCGCUUUCAUCUAUGUCGACUUCUACCAUUGUUCCUAUACCGAGCAACGGCAAUGUGGUGCCUACCACCAAUAUCAUCAACCAGAGGGCCGACGCCUCUAGGUCGCUCUAUCAGAUCUGUAUCGCGCUGAAGCAGCGACUAACCCGCGUCCCUGGUUUCGAGGUUCAUCUCGAUGACCUACCACCAACACAAAACGAAGAUGGCCCUGUCGAAUCCUUAUGGAAUCUGCUCCGAACUGGUGUACCGCUCCUGACCAUAUAUAACUGCCUGCGACCGGAAGUCCCGUUGGAGAUUGAUGGCGCAGUCGGCAAGAACAAAGCCAAAAAGGCCGUAUUUAAGUUUCUCGAGGCUAUUAUGAAACAUCCUGAGAUCCCCUCUUCCGAAUCUUUCAUGAUCACUGAUUUGAUGGGCAACGAUACUACUGGUUUUGUGAAGGUUACCCAAGUUGUCAACCAUGUUUUGGACCUUGCCGAAAAGCGUGGCCUACUCUUACAGGUCCAAACGUAUCCGGAGGAGAGCGGUCCCACGGCACCCGGAUCUCAGAUGACAUAUCGCGAUCACAUCAUUCAAGAACUCGUCGACACAGAGCGGAAAUACGUCCAAGAUCUCGAGAACCUACACGACCUGAAGAAAACUUUAGAACAGAAGGGCGUGAUCACCGGUGAUGUCAUCCAUCAGAUAUUCCUGAACAUAAAUUCCAUAUUGGAUUUUCAGAGGCGAUUUUUGAUUCGUGUCGAAACUACAAACUCGAUGUCGCAGGAUAUGCAACGAUGGGGCGCGCCGUUUGUCACAUACGAAGAUGCUUUCGAUAUCUAUCAACCCUUCAUCGCGAAUCAGCGGAAAGCAGGCCAACUAGCGAAUAAAAUCUUUGAUAAGAUUCAAUUAGCCGAGCAUCCUGUGUCAUUUGAUUUUAAUACGUUGGACAGUUUCCUCCUGAAGCCGAUGCAGAGAUUGGUCAAAUAUCCUUUACUACUAGGGUCUCUCUUGAAAAAGUGUGACGAUGAAGAAGUCAAAGCCGACCUGGCUGCAGGUAUCGGGGCAGCGGAACGAGUUCUUACCAAGGCAAACGAGGCAGUCAACCGUGAUCUUCUAGAUGAAGCUCUAGAAGAACUUACGAAUAGAGUGGACGACUGGAAGAGUCAUAAUGUCAAAUCUUUCGGGCGGCUGUUAUUACACGGUGUGUAUACUGUCAUCACUGGACGCAGUGAACAAGAGAAAGAUUAUGAAAUUUACCUGUUCGAAUGUAUUCUUCUCUGUUGCAAAGAGGUACAGCCGAACAAAACCAAGGAAAAAAAAGACAAGAGCAAAUCUGGGCCGAAGAUCCCCAACAAAAACAAUAAACUGCAGCUUAAGGGGCGGAUAUUUAUGACAAAUGUGACCGAAGUCCUCUCGUUCGCAAAGCCAGGUUCAUAUACGGUGCAGAUAUGGUGGAAAGGUGAUCCUGGCGUAGAAAAUUUUAUCAUCAAGUUUUCUAAUGAGGAAACGAUGAAAAAGUGGGAGAACGGGUUGGUUUCGCAGAAGAAAGAACAAGCACCGUCAACCACAAGCCCCGACCAAUCUACACCUGACUUUGCAUGGAUGCGCAAUCAGAACAAUCUUGAGAAUCCUUAUGCUCAGCAGGAAGAGGAUGACGAUGAGGAGGAAGACACAGUGCCCAUACAGGUUACGCAACCGACCGAUGGCUUCGGCAAUGGCCCGACUGGUGGACUUAUCAAUCGUAACGCCUCAAGCACGAGUCUCAGGCAGCGCUCUGGUACUGGAGAGAGUAGCUUAUCAUUAGCAGGUAUCGCACGCGCACCACCGCCGCGCUUCCCUCUCCCAGUACCUCCGGGGCAGCUGAGUCUUCAGACGCAGGGUGGCACACAGUCGCCUGGUCAUCGCCUUAUGGAUUCGUACUUCUCUCCCACCGUAGAUUCUCCUGCGUCAUCGCGCACAAGUACAGCAAGCACCUUGUUUGCGUCUGCGAAUGGACAACAGUACCCGUUUCCAAGGACUGGGACUCCACAAAGCGGCUGGGAAGAUAAUAAUCGCUAUACUGCACCAGCCUUACCGCGAGCUCCUUCGAGAGACGGCCCAUCGCCUAUGAAUGGAAGGAAUUCUGCCAGAGCUGCCUCGUUUCAGCAACAACGUAGCCGAUCUUAUAGCACACCAGACAUCAAUAAUGCGCCGCAAAAUGGACGUAGAACUAACAGCACCACCCCGGUUCCUGCUGUGCCUGGAAUUCCACCUCACCUUCACCCUGCGCAUGACCCAAGCAUCCCACGGUCUCAAACCGGUUCGCCCCGACAAGAUGUUCCCGUCCGUACAAGCACGCAGAGCCCAAGUGUACAGCGUGACGGAGGGACCAUGUCUCAAUUCCCCGCUCAACCUGUCUAUCGACAGCCAACCCCAGCUUCCGGGACAUCAGGGACAGUACCUCCGCCGUUAGGUCCAGAUAACCGACAGCCUGUAUCCCCGCCGCUGGGCACUGCUACCCAAGGCAAUCCACUCUCGAGCCCGGAUUCGUCGAUCCCCGCACAACUGAAAGUCAAGGUGAACUGCGAUAGUGGGAAUUAUUUCACACUGGUUGUUCCAUUUAAUAUCGGGUUUCAAUCUCUCAGUGAUCGCAUUGACGUAAAGCUUGCGCGAUUCACUACCAGUUCGAUUGCUAAGGGCACUUUGAAACUGCGAUAUCGUGACGAAGACGGGGACUCCGUGACAAUCGAAAGUGACGACGAUAUCCAAAUUGCAUUCUCGGAGUGGGGUGAAGGCGCGCGUAAUUAUCCUGGCGGCGUCGGAGAAAUAGAGCUUUUCUGCGUCGGAGACACAAGUUGA